UUACCUAUCACGCCUUCGCCGUUCUGUGAUGAUCCCAAUUCGUACAGGAUGGGAGAAUUCCUGACAAAGUAUCAGAUAGACAACAGGCCGGUGUCGCUGCUGCCGCGCGGCCUCACCAACAGGUCUAACUACUGCUAUCUGAACGCGAUACUGCAGGCACUCAUCGCCUGCCCACCCUUUUACAACAUGCUGAAAGCGCUGCCUUAUCAGACGCGACGCGGAAAAUCAAGCACACCUGUCAUCGACUCCAUGGUGGAGCUGUGCUACGAGUUCGGUCCGCUGGCGAGCAGCGCGCGGCGGCGCGGCGAGGGCGGCGUGCCCGCGGUGCCGGCCGGCCCGCCGCUCGACGGCAGCGCGGGCCUGCGCGUGCUGCGCGCGCUGCACUUCCCCGGCUCGCAGGAGGGCAGGCAGGAAGACGCCGAGGAGUUCCUCGGCUGCCUGCUCAACUCCCUCAAUGAUGAGAUGCUGGAGUUGAUGAAGCUGGUGGAGCCCGAGGGUCCAAAGGACGUGAACAACCGACCCAAUGGCGUUGUGCCUCCGGAACAACCUCCCCCAGAGGAGGACGAUGAUGAUGAAUGGAAGGUGAUGGGACCUCGUAACCGCGGCGCGGUGGAGCGGCGCUGGGCGGCGCGGCGCACGCCCGUGGCGGACAUCUUCCGCGGCCGCACGCGCCACCGCCUGCACCGCGCGCACCACCAUGACGUCACGGACGCCGUGCAGCCCUUCUUCACGCUGCAGCUGGACAUCGAGCGUUCGAACACGGUGAAGGAUGCAUUAGAGCUGGUCGCGGGCAAGGACACGCUGGAGGGGGUGACCGACGCGUGGCAGCAGCUGUCGCUGGAGGAGCUGCCGGUGGUGCUGCUGCUGCACCUCAAGUGCUUCCAGCUGGACGCGGAGGGACACACCGCGAAGAUUGUCAAGAAUAUCGAUUACCCCAUCGACUUGAAGAUUGAUCCCAAGAUAAUGUCGUCCAAACUGAAGUACACUCAGAAGCAGCGGUUGUACAAGCUGUUUGCUGUGGUGUACCACGAGGGUGUGGAGGCUGUCAAGGGACACUACGUCACUGACACUUACCAUGGACAAGUUGGCUGGAUAAGAUAUGAUGAUUCAACGGUGACUCAAGUCACUGAUGCUCAGGUGCUGAAGCCGAAGCCGCCUCGCAUGCCGUACCUGCUCAUGUACAGACGACACGACAUGCUGCCCCCGCACAGACCCACAGGGAAACCAGAAUAAACUGGUUUCAAUUGGAGUAAACCGGUGUCAACCGGAAUUAAAUCGGUUUGAACCAGUUGUAAAGCGGAAUAAACUGGUGUAAUCCAGUUUUAUCGAGUUGGCAAGUGAAAUACCAGUGAAAGUGAUUGUUUAGUGUAACUGUAUAUGUAAACUGUGCCUACACAACUGGUUACUGCAAUAACUAGUUAUGUCUCUUAUAUGUAUGUAUAUGAGACUCGUGUAAUUUGUAAACCAAGAUUUUUGGCGACUUUUCUUGUAUUUAUAUGAUUGGAAUUUAUUUAGUUAAAAUUCUGGCCAAAUGACUACUUUUUUAAUCCCCAUUUUUGUAGGGAAAAAACAAUUUGAUGUCAAGAAUUGUAAAUAUUGUGCCUAUAGAACUAGUUACUGCAGUGAAUUGUUAAAUAAAGUAGUUUUGCACAACGAAAUUCUCACGUAUUUGUAUAGGUUUAAAGUGCAAAUUACAUUGUACAUUUUUCAUCUUUAAUAUUAAAUUGCAUAUUGGAUUUUUUGUUUGGUUUUAUGAAUUUUCAUUGCAAGGCUUGUUUUAUUUUUCACUUAAUGUUGUAUUAUAGUGUAAAUUAGAAUUAGUUUUAAGUUAGGUUUACAUUGUUUGGAAAAUGUUUUUACGUUUCGUUUCGCCAAAAUAAUCUAAUGGAUUAUGACAUGUUUGAUUGAAUUUUAACUUGUUCUAAUCAAAGAAUGAGUGUUAAAUUUGUAAAUAUGUUUUUUUUGUAUAUAUGAGGAUUUGGCAAAAUGAGACUUUUUUGGUUAUAAGGUUGAUCUAAAAAAAAUGUCUAUAAUUUUUUUAACAGUUACUUGAAACUGCCAAAGUAUUUUUAAUGUUAAUUGGUUGCUCCACAAGUAGAUCUAAGUUUUCGACAAUAUGGAAUUGUAAAAUAAAAAAGAAUAAAAAAAUGUAUAGGCGUUACUUUCUAUUAAUAAAUUAAUAUCAAAAAUAUUAAAAAAAUGGACUGUUGGAAAGUACAAAGUUUUGAUUGUUGUGAUAUGGGAAGUUGGUAUAUAUCAAGAAUGGAAAUGUUUGUAUGGAAGUGAAUUUUUCAAGUAGAUAUAAUUUUACAUAAAGAAGAAUUACAUCUAUUAAAUUUUCUCAGGCCCUUGAAGUACCUAAAAACUUUAGAUGCACUGCAAAAUCUUGUAAAUAUUUUUAUGCAAAAUUAUUUGCAAUGGAAUCGAUGAAAACCACUAAAAUUGAUGGUAUUUACUAAAUUUCUAUACAAAUACCAAAAUUAAACUUUCCACUUGAAAAAUUUACCCUUAAUGGUCAUCUCAUUGAGAGAUCUUGUAAUUUAUUGAAAUUACAAAAAAAAA